AUUGAACCCUUAAAUAUUUAACGAUUUAUUCCGCGUCUAUAAAACUUAAGUUAAUUGAAUGGCAAACAGUUAUGAUAUACCUAGCUGGGCCGGCAAACCGCCCACUGGGCUGCACUUGGACGUACUCAAAGAUGAGAAGCUGGUGCAAAAGCUGAUGGUGGAUGAGAAACGUUGCUAUUUGUUUGGGCGCAAUAGCCAAAUGAACGACUUUUGCAUAGACCACGCCUCUUGCUCGCGAGUCCAUGCUGCAUUUGUUUACCACAAGCAUCUAAACAUUGCCUACCUCGUUGACCUCGGCUCCACACAUGGUACAUUCAUUGGAACUCUGCGGCUGGAGGCGCACAAACCCACACAGUUGCAGAUUAACAGUACGUUUCACUUUGGCGCAUCCACACGAAACUACAUCCUGCGAGAGCGACCCUCGGCUGGUGGUCAGCACAGCAACAUAAUGGAGGAUCUGCCGCUAAGCGAGACCAGUGACGGUGCAUUGCUGGGACUGCCGGAAAGCCAAACGGAAUUGGAUAACCUUACGGAAUACAAUACGGCACACAAUCGACGUAUUUCCAUGCUGGGCAUUGCCGAUGACAAUAACUUGCGCAAACAAAAUGCACUAAAGCAGGGACGUAAGCGACGAAACGUCACUUUCAAUGACGAGGAGAUUAUUAUCAAUCCCGAAGAUGUUGAUCCCAAUGUCGGACGCUUCCGUAAUCUUGUGCAGACAACUGUUGUGCCGGCCAAACGAUCGCGCUACGAGCCAAAUCAUAUGGGUCUACACACUGGCAGUGGCGGCAAUUCCCAUGCAGUCAGCGCCAGCCACCAGAUGUUCCAGCAGAGCAUUGUCGAGAUGAAGCAACAACAACAGCAGCAGCAGCAACAGAAUCAACUGGCUGUAACACCGCAAGCCGCUGUCCACUCACCCGUCAAUUCGUUAUAUCAGGGACUUCCUGCCAGCAACUAUGAUGCAACGCAUGGAGGCCAACUGAAGGGCAACAGCGAAUUUGAGCCCAUUUCACCAAUGGGUAUUAACUCCAAACUGGGAUUAAUGCUGCCUAAUCCGGCACCCGAUGUCACACCCAUAUAUGAAGAGCCACUCGCGCCCAGCUCGUCAAUAGCACAAAAAUUGGCUGUCGCCAAUGCAAAUGUGCGUCGGUUCGUGGAUGAUGUUCAUGAGACAAGUGGUGAAGGCGACUCCAUGUGUCCGCAGAAAAAGAAAUAUGCCAAGGAGGCAUGGCCAGGCCGCAAGCCCAUGCUGGGACAGUUGUAAUGUUAUUUCAUCCACUUGGCAACCAGAUCCAUACAGAGCAUUGUCUGCUGUUGCAGAAUAGCUGAUCAUCUGGGAGAGAAUGUUGUGGUCAAAUAGCAUGUCCUGCUUCCAAACGGAAUCUCCCCCCUAUCCGCCGUUUACAAAUUGAGAAAUUGUAUUAAAUAGCUUACGUUUCACUUUCCGAAAAAUAACAACAAUUUAUACAAUAA